AGAAAGGUCGGACGUUGGCAAAGGUGGGGCUCCCUAGCUCCCAUCUCAUCGCUCCCAAUCGUUCGUAUGUCAUACGAGUGUUCACGUUAUCACUGUUAACCCAACGAGAGCUCCAUUCUCAUUGUCCCUUAGCGUGCCGGUGUAUGGCUUCCCAGCCACAUUUCGAGUCAAUCCUCAGUGUCUAAACCAAUCAGAACUCAUGAUUGGCUCAUUCUGGAACCUGUGCCGUGCCUGUCCCUCGAUGCCUGUCGAUAAGCUUCAUUCCGAGUAUCGGAGUACGUAUCGAUGGCACGAGUAUACGGGGCCAAGACAGGAGGUGGUGCGGAGGGCGCCCCAAAUGAACGUGGAUAAAAAUAACGACGGCCACGGCUCUAAGAUUAACGGGGAGGAAUGCACAGGCACAGGUGAACCUUUGCCAAAACUGGAACCCGCGAUGCCUAGAAGGAAAAAAUACCCAGAUCUGGCGUACCGACAUCACGAGUUCCUAGUUAGCGAUGGUUCCAACAGUGAUUACAGUAGCACCGACAGAGCUAGGUCGGAGGAACGGAAUGGUCCGCUGUGGAGGUGUUCUCGCAGAAGCAAGUCCGAGGGGCCGGCGCGUAAAAGCGGUACGGGUGCCGGGCCCGGAAUCAUCGCUUCCGAGAAUCCCGAAUCGGAAGGGAUACACGAAAGGGAAGGGGAAACUAGAAGGGAAUCCGAUCCCGACAUCACCGAUAACAUGGGAAAAGAUGGGAGCCUUAUAAGAAAAGCUAUUUCAAAAUUUAGUACUGAAUAUAGACUGCAAUUUGCUUGGCCUCAGGGACACAUCGCUCGGCGAGAUGCAGCGGGUUCGACUCCACGUAAGUCUCAGUCCAUGGGGGCUCUCAAGGCUAGAAUGCAAGCCAAUGCUGUCAUCAAUAAGAAGAGAAUUGAUGUGGAGAAUAGAGAUGCUAGCGAGCUAGAGCCUUUGGUGAACGAGAACGGCCAGGAGAAAUCAAAAGAGGACUUCGGAACUGAGUAUAAGAAGAAAUUCAGACCUUUUUCACAAUAUGAGUACACAGGUGGAGGAUUUUCUUCCAAGGAAAUUUCUAAAAAGAUGUUAAGCGACGAAAAUAAGUAUAUUAAUGAAGAUAGAGAUUCUUCGUGGUUUCAAGAGGUGCUAGAACUGCGUAAAAAGGCUGGAGAAUAUAAGCAUCGAGGCUGGGGAAGUGAACUAGCACCAGAACGUUUGCAUGAUAUUUACAAUAAGCAAGUUGAGUUGUGGGACCAGGUUUCACGAAGGAGUUCUUUAUCAGCUUUAUCUCUCGCUUCCAUUAGUCAUAAAUCGUACACUAAGGAAGAAAAAGAAGACGAUAAUAACAGAAAAAGCUCGCCUACGAAAGCUUAUCGAAAUGCUGAAAAUUCAGCUAGGAUGAUAAGAGAUAUUAUACGACAUCAUUUAGAAAGAACCACUGGUGGAUCAGAAUUUGAUGGUUUAAUUUUGUCACCAACGAGAGAAAAGCUAGAACCGACAAUUCCACGAAAAGAUGACGACUCUAGAGGAUCUCAAAAAAAUAGUCCUAAGAAAGGUUCUCCAAUGAAGUCAUCAUCACUCAAGAGGACAAGUCAAAAAUCAAACAAACAAGUGCGUUCACAGUCUGUAGGACCUACUCCAGAUACAAAUACAUUGGAGAAAAGAUCUCCAAAGCGUCAAUCUAGGUCUUCAUCCACAAAACAUGGAAGAAAAUCUUCAUCUGAAACUCCAACGAAUAAGAGACCGAGACCUUCGUCCCUGAACACGACAGUCUCUUCACGAUCUAAAUCGGUUGCCCCGGUAUCAAAAAAUGAAGACGAUAGAUUGGCCAAACCAUUACAAAACCAAAACAAAAUACAAAGUAUAGAUUCAUCUAAGCAAAACCAAAAAGUAGCAACAAAAGAUAGAAAAGGAAGUAACGAAGCUGAACAAGGAAAGACUGAGACAGCUGUUAACGAUGCUAAGGAAACAACUGAGGAGCUUGAUAGCAUACCAUACGAGCCAGUGGUAAAAUCACCUCCUGAACCUACUAGAGUAAAAUCGCCCGAACAAAUUCUUAUGCGAUCCCCUGAUCCAGUGAAUUGGACAGUGCCUUUGGAUACUGGGAAGACGUUUACUGUCACACAGAAUGUCAGAGAAGGUGAUAGCGGGAGUAGGCCUCAUAGCGAAGUGAAAGUGUGGACUCCACCAGAGGUCCCACCACCUGUAGCUCAGUCUGCCCCGCCAGCUCUUACAGAACAGAUUAAGGAGCAAGCCUCUUAAUCAUAUCCGAGUUCUGCUUGCCAUCUUCUGUUUCAUUAUGUUGCUUUAAAUAUGGAUAUGGCAGCAAAGCUAGAACUCGGAAUAAUGCAGGAUCGACGCUGCACAGCCUCUCACUCCUAGAUGAUCACUAUGGAUAGUAAUGACCAUGAAGUAACAUGCAGCCGAUACCAUUUACUAACAGGGUAGUAGCCAGAGACGUUUGGUACAGUUCAACAAAUUCUUUCACGAGAUCCACCAUGCUACAUAUAUCGGGAGAUUCAUUUACAGGCAUUGUUUGCGAAAGAAAAAACGUAAAAACAAUCAGCGUUACUCACAUUAUUUCGGCAAACACAGUUCGAUAUUCACGGACACAUAAUUCAAACAUGGAUAUCCCUAAACGUAUCAAGUUAACCGCGCCGACCACAAUUUUCAAAAUACGAAUGUUAUGGAAAUAUUAAAGAUAACCUGAUUGUUUUUAAUUGUUUAUGCUUUUGUAAAAGUACUUCUAAAUAAAUCACCUAUUACUUGCUGAACUUUUAUAUGAAGUGUAUCAUGGUCCUACCAGAACAUUUGCUGUCCUUAUUUAGCCACGUUUAAGCUUAGCUUACCUUUGUAAUCCAGAAGUAGUUCAGUAUAUUUAGAUCCCACUUUUCAAACCAAGCAAACGUGUAACCUCAGAUUCUUAAUAAUACUGUAGGUGUGAUAUUGAUGGUAGCAGAGCUAAUGCUCUGAAUGGGUUAUCAACCUUUUUAUAUGCUUUUUUACCUAAUCAAAAUAAAAGGGCUGUAAACGAUCAAGGGAUAAUUUGUUCCAUGUGUAGAUGAAAGUGUCCAAAACCAGACUAUUUUUUAAUUCAUUAAAAAAAUGGAAAAAUCAUACUUUAAAAGUCUUCAACGUCUUGUUUGUAAUGUUAAGCAUAAUUUAUUUUACGCAAUUAUUAUAUAUAUUAUUAUACUCAAAAAAAAUUAAGGAAGCAAGAAAAAAUACAAAUUUUCUGUAAUUUUUGACAGCCGGUGAAAAAUGGUCGUAUCUAGACUUAAAAAAAGCAUUUUGAAGCUUAUAACCCUGCACGACGGCAGAUCGAUCCAUUGCACGGUUUUUCCGGACCAAGUGGUCAGAGUUUGAAAAUGAUGCAAAUUCAGUGUUAGAUCCAAAUUUCACGGUGAUGAGAUGGGUCCGGUUUAGGGCGCUUUCCUCCACUGACAGGAAAAUAUAUUGGAAAUCCGAGCUGGAAAAAACGAAAAAAAAAAUCGCCUACACUGGAAGUCGAAACCAGGACCUCCCGAAGUAACACUGGCGGACUAGCCAACGAAUGUGAGAGGUCGUGAGUUCAAACCCUACCGGAUAGGUUUUUUUUAUUUCUAAGUUUGAUUUUAAAUCUUCUGUACGUAUGGUGAUAGAAUAACCUAUUGGUAUAUUAGUUGGCGACCGCCUAUAAUCUAGACUGAUAAUGAACUGCCUUUUCUCGUAUAUUUUGAGGUUUUGCUCGGUUUGAACAUGAAUCAAACUUAUAAAUCGUAACGAAAUCAAAUAACACCCUAGUAGAUUCUCAUAAUUUUUAAGAACACUUAAGGUAUUUUGCUGUCUUUUGAAACUCAAAAAAAUCAUUCACUAUUCAAACUAAACAGUAACAUAUUUAAUCUUAAUGGAACAUAAUCUACUAGGAGAGUUUUGAAAAGGUAUCUAGGGUUCAUUUUUGCUAAGAGCUAUAUUAAUAAACUUCCUUUAAGCUACCUAGUUCAUAGGUAAUAAAUAGUACGACUGUCUACUAAAUAUACUGGUCUACAAUUGCUUAAAAUAUAAGCGUCCAUCUAUACCGAGUCCGUCAAAUACACGCAGGAAUAUUUUGUUCAAAAUGCCUCGCAAAUUUUACAUAGGUACAGACUUAAAUCAUAAAAAUCUGGUCAACUAUCGUUUCUUCACAUGUCAUUAACAAGUAUUUGAAAUUAUGGGCACAAAACUUUUCAAAGUACAAGUAUGAAAAGUCUACUUCUACAUAAGUAACUAAGUAUAAAGUGAAACAUGCCACGAAUUCUUAUUCGUUCCUUCUUAGGAAACAAAUAUUGUGCACAAUACAGGGUGUUAAUGGCAACCCGGUGGGUCAGUCUGGACAUUCAUCAUCGGGCGGCCGCACAAACUGCUUAUGACGUGUUAAACUGAACGUACCAACGUUUUAAUUUAGCAUAAUAUGGGGCAUUUCACGACAUCAAAAAAAAAUGAGGUUUUAAAAUUCGUUCAUAUUAGGCCUGUUUGUACAUCUAGCAGGUGUCAAAGAGGAAACACGAUUUUUUGUGGCACGUGAAUUUGCUAAUUUACGAAAACCCAAAUUUGAAUUUAAAAAACAUGAGGUGCUAAACCGGAAGUAAAGAUUUUAAACCAAAAUUUGGGCAACUUCACAUAUUUCAUUUUGUUUUUUUUACCCUCCAACAUAUAGUCUAAACUGUGUAAAAUUCAUCAGAGGUUGUGAAAUGGUAUGCGGAUUAAUUAAGGGGGUAUGUAUUUUUGUGUACAUACAUGUCACACUGGGGAUGACAUUAGGCGAUUGUUUAGGUCGACUGGUUUGCAAGAUAUUUCAUUGAUCGGCUACACUAUGAAUAUUUUUCGAUUCUAAUAAUCAUUUUAAUUAGAAUUUACAAUAAAAUCAUACUGUAUUUUUACACGAUUUUCUUGAAUAUAGAUAUUUGAGAAAAUAAGGUUCAAAACCGGAUGUAAACGCCACAAACCAUAAUUUGGGUAACUUCUAUCAAUUUUUAUCCUGAUUUUUUUUUGCUCCAAAAUAUAACCUAAAGUCUGUUUAAGAUACACUAGAAGCUCCACGCGAAAUGCCCCAUAUGUAUGAAUCAUAUAUCUAACAGAGGCGCAUUGUUACCGGGAUAAGAAGAUUCUUGAUAGUAUAACAUCUUUUACUGACACCAAAGAUGCGAAGUGACUCUUUUUCUCCUACAACUCCUAGCGCUCAAUUUGCACCCCACCCAAAAAAAUGUCUGAAAAUGAGCAAGAGUCUCUAAAGCGUCAAAAAACGUUGCUUUAGAAUCCAAUCAAAAUACUUUAUAAAUUAUAGAGAUGUCAAGGAUUAGCGGACAUAGAGAGACAGACAUACAGACAGAUCGACGGAAAUGCGUGACACUGAUAUACUUAUAACAUCUAAAAAACAUCCGAAAUUUUCGAAAAAAAACAUGAGUUUGUUAACUUCUUGAUGAAUUUGCAACGUUCCAGGCUGUCUUGGUUUUCUACUGUCCCACCAUCUACGUUCCUACAACCUUUUUGCGAGAGAGAUAAACAGCCUGACGCUGUUCGGGAUGAAAACGUCCAAGAAAAUGAUCUGAACAGACUCACGAAGAUACUGUAACCAAACAAAAAAGCGGCGAGUUCGUUGUUGGUAUAGGAAUGUGAUAUUUUCAUCUAAGUCCGUCGUCUCUUUUCAUCUGCGCCAGUUCCGAAUUUAUAUCGCAGAUUUCUUCGGAACCUAACAUACCUUAAGACUUAUUUCAUCAAAACACAAAAACUACACAGUCUGCCAAAAAAGAUAACACCCUGUAUUGUUGUAUGAGGACCUAGCAUAGCUGAGCAAUUUUCAUGCCAAUACUUGUUUAUUCUAAAGUAAGCAUUCGUUCAUUGGUUUUAUAUUCAGAUAAAGUACGCUCAAUAUUCUUAGAAUUAUUUUUUGUAUUUGCUUUCAUAAUUCAGCCGGAAGUUGAAAGCAAAGUAACAUAAUGAAGCCUCUCAAUAUACCAUCCUUUGAUAUCUGAUAAGCAGCUUGCUCAAUGUAAUCGACUGAUUAAGCCUGAUACUGUCCAAAUUCGUCCUUUUUCGAUUUCUUUCAGGAUUUGCACAUACAUUAAUGUUUAAUCCACCAAAGGCAUUCACUUUUAUAUAACUUCGCAUUACAAAAAGCAUACAAAAUCUGUCCUAAAAUAAACAGGACAAAGGAAAAAUGAACAAACGUUUUUUGUUUUGGAAAAUCAAAUCUAUUUUAUUCAAAAUAAUAUGCUUCUUUGCGACAGGCCUUGUACAUGAUUACUUUACUUCUAUUCUACUACUUUCUCAUGCCAGUUCAAUCAUCAGCGUUAACUCAUUUGCAGAGAGAUAAUCUUUUUGAGAACCGGGAAGUGAUAAUCACUAGACUAGACAUUUUGGAAACAGGUUGGUACAAAACAGAAACGUCCAUGGUAAUUUUCAACUUGAAUUUAUUGGGUCCAAAAAUAAAACAUUAAGACAGCUCGAAUGUUCAAAAAAUCUCAGUCUCCCAGUAGAUACUUCAAGAUUUUGAUUUUGAAUAAGACCAACAAUUUUCUACAGUCUACGAAAACCAAAAGUUUAAAAGUCGCUUUAAAAUAACGCAAUCUCAAAAAUACUCUUCGGGAUCCUGUAAAGCAGGGUUUACGCUUUAAUUUAGUUCAACAAUCUGUUUAUUUUCAUCAAAAAUAAUAGUAGUAAUAAUGAGGGACACUUUUUAAGCAGAUAUAAAAAUAUCCCAAUUUCUUUUUGCUAGAUCUGAGUCAUGAAGACGUGUAACCUCCCACCCUCCCUUGGAGCAUCCUAGAGUUGUCACAAAUCACAACGCCACUUGCUCAUAGAAGUUCCCAACUCAUCAAUUUUCAAUCGGCAAAAAGUUAAUGUAUGGGAGUUGUAUUUAUAAAAAAUACUCUUCAAACGCCCCACUCAGCUGUUUAUACAAACUAAAAUAUGCUUGUUAAAAUUAACUUAAUGUACGAGAUCUGUAAAUUAAGUGAUAAGACUGCUGUUUUUUAACUUUUUAACAUAGCGCUAUUAAGCGGUUCUUCCACUCCUCAUUGCAGUGCUGGAACUCCGAUACUGGAAUAGCCUUCAGCUGGUCGGUUACAGCCGGUUGAAUGUUCUCGACUGUCCCAAAAUGAGUUCCUUUGAGGUGAUUUUCCAACUUUGAGAAGAGAAAAAAGUCACAAGGACUCACGUGAGGCGGAUAAGGAGGUUAAGAAAACGAAGGAAUGUUCUUACUGGCCAAAAAUUCGUUUAUUGACAUUGCAGUAUUACAAGGAGCAUUAACGAAAUACCCAGAUAUUGUUGACCUGAUGAACGGUGGUCUGAUUCAAAUUUAGCUCUUCCUUGAUCAUUCUGACUGUCAACCGACGAUCUUGUGAAAAUGCCUUAAACCCGUAGGCCUGCUGAAGUUUAGCAAAAGUUUCCGUUACACUGUGCCUAAGUUUGAAGCAAAACCGGAUGGCACACCGACACAAUAGAAAAUACUGUUUCACAACGGACUACCAAAUGACUCGAACGAGUUCAAACUUGUCCAGAAAGCGGAUCACAUGUUCCUCUAUCGCUCCUCCAAUCCCAGCGCCUCCAGUGCUGUCAGAUCGAACGCUACGUUGCCAGUCCCAUCACUUACUUUACAGACCUCGUAUUAUAAUGAAACCAAAAAAAGGGAGCAAAUUCUCACGCAACCCGGAAUCUCUUUAUAGCACUGGGCAAAUCCAGAGUUUGUCUCCCUUUAUGACACGUGACCAAAUAUUGAUCGAAAAACAUAUUGUUAAGGUGAAUAUUAACCAAUCGGGUCCGUGAAAAGUCCACUUUGCGGUAAGGCCCGCACUUUUUUAGUAGCGAGGGGUUAUAGCCCAGUGCCCUAAUAGCGGUAAUCCUAACCCCCUCUCUACUGCUACUACUACCGAAAAUAAACACUCGCUGUUAACAUUUACCGUUCACCAUCGUAAUUUUCACGAAAAAAUGGGGAUUUACAAUUUGCUUAAAUUGCAGAGUCUCUAAAUAACGCACGUGCAAUAUACGAUUUCUAUGUCAAAUCGGUGAAAAUGGCAUGUAAAUUUAAUUCUUAAAGUAUCUAUUGGGACAUACCCUAUCACAUUACAGUACUGCUUUCUGCAUAAAGGUUGUAGAUUGGUAAUUAACGAUUUAUAGAACCUGCCUAUAGAGUUCCUUGCACAUAUUAUCCGUGACAAAACAUAGAACACCCAUUCAAAAUUAUUCUAUUUGAAUGAAACUUCAUAUACAAUUAGACGUACAGAUAAAUCGAAAUAUCACUGCAAGUAUGCAAUACGUAUGUUAGAAAUAGGGGGCAAAUGACAACGCGGCAAACCGCACCUGCGUCCGAGGCGUUGUCAUUCGGGUUGCUAGGCAACGUGAUACUUCUAUAUCUUUCUAGCAUACGUAUUGCACGCCUUUCUCUCGUACACAUUACCUUGUCAGUGAUAUUUGGGUUUCUCUGUAUAACAGUUCAUAUGACUAAAAUCGUUUUUGAAGGUGUACUAUUUUCUUUGUCACUGAGUAUAUUUACUAAGCUUCCCGACCUUUGCCAGCCAAGAUUCUGUGUCCAAAAAAAGUGUCCAUUGUACCUAUGUAAAGCGUGUGAGAUGUCCUUCCUCAGCCAAAAUCCAUUGGACGUCCCACUUAUACAAAAACAUUAUUGUGAUCUCUUAUGAGUGCACUCAUGUUUCAGCCACCAAACUGGAAAUUUCAACAAAUCAGUGAUCGAUUAUAUUGGUACAUAUUUUUUGUAGAUGCGUUUGCUUGCGACUUUUUAUUUAGUGUACAUCGAAUGCACUUGUGUAUUGUUUAUUGUUACUAAUACCUAUUACAAGUAAAGAG